AUGUGGCCCGGCCCGCGGCGGCCGGCGGCUGAAAGCGGCGAGGCGGCGGCGCGCGAAGCCCGGAAGGCGGCGGCCGAGGCCCAGGCGGCGGACCGGAGCGGCGGGAGCGGGGCCCGGGUUGGCCCUCGAGCGGCCGCCGGCUCAGCAUGCGCGCCCGCCGGGGGCUGCUGCGGCUGCCGCGCCGCUCGCUGCUCGCCGCGCUCUUCUUCUUCUCGCUGUCGUCCUCGCUGCUCUACUUCGUCUAUGUGGCGCCCGGCAUAGUGAACACCUACCUCUUCAUGGUGCAGGCUCAGGGCAUCCUACUGCGGGACAAUGUGAGGACCAUCGGUGCCCAGGUGUACGAGCAGGUGGUCCGCAGCGCCUAUGCCAAGAGGAACAGCAGCCUGAAUGACUCAGAUUAUCCUCUGGACUUGAACCACAGUGAAGCCUUUCCCCCAACCACGACCUUUCUUCCUGAAGAUUUCACCUACUUUGCCAACCACCCUUGCCCAGAGAGGCUCCCUUCCAUGAAGGGCCCGAUAGAUAUAAACAUGAGUGAGAUCGCAAUGGACGAUAUUCAUGAGCUGUUCUCCAGAGACCCGGCCAUUAAGCUCGGAGGGCACUGGAAGCCUGCAGACUGUGUGCCUCGGUGGAAGGUGGCUAUCCUCAUCCCCUUCCGGAACCGCCAUGAGCACCUCCCGGUCCUCCUGAGACACCUGCUCCCCAUGCUUCAGCGCCAGCGCCUGCAGUUCGCCUUCUAUGUGAUCGAGCAAGUUGGCACCCAGCCCUUUAACCGAGCCAUGCUUUUCAAUGUUGGUUUUCAAGAAGCCAUGAAGGACUUGGAUUGGGAUUGUCUGAUCUUCCAUGACGUCGAUCACAUACCUGAGAGUGACCGAAACUACUAUGGCUGCGGGCAGAUGCCCAGGCACUUUGCAACCAAGCUGGACAAGUACAUGUACCUGCUGCCCUACACUGAGUUUUUUGGUGGCGUGAGCGGCCUGACUGUAGAACAGUUUCGGAAAAUCAAUGGCUUUCCUAAUGCCUUCUGGGGCUGGGGCGGAGAAGAUGACGACUUGUGGAACAGGGUACAAAAUGCAGGCUAUUCUGUGAGCCGGCCAGAAGGGGACACAGGAAAAUACAAGUCCAUUCCUCACCACCAUCGAGGAGAGGUCCAGUUUCUUGGCAGGUACGCUCUGCUGAGGAAGUCAAAGGAGCGGCAAGGACUGGAUGGCCUCAACAACCUGAACUACUCUGCGAAUGUCACGUACGACGCCUUGUAUAAAAACAUAACUGUCAACUUGACACCCGAGCUGGCUCAGGUGACUGAGUACUGAGAUGCGAAGAGAAGCCGCACUCACCUACCCACCGCUCCCUUGGACGGGCUGCGACCCGCCAUCCUGGGGGUCAACACAGGAGGACAGAAGAGAGUGGAGCACAGGACCAUAGGGGUUCCAGAAAACUGUCACAGAGCACACGCACAAAGGCCUUCGCUGUAGGGCCCAACAGGGACAGGAGACUUGAGGACACCUGUCAUCAGCACUGGUGUCUAUUCCACAAGACAGAUGUCUGCCCUGCCACUCCCUUCCGUCCGUCCCUGUCCGUCCCCCCCCCCCCACCGCCCCCAGGUCCUGUCUCAGCUGCAACCCAUAGAACUGCAGGGCCAGGCUAGGUGCCCCUUGGAUAGAUGGGUGGCCAAGCCCCCUGGCCUGAAGGCCCGUCUCUGCAUCUCUACAGUUCUCUUUGGUUUUCAUUUUUCAUUUGGCUUAGUUUAGGGGUUUUUGUUUGUUUGGGUUUUUUUGUUUUGUUUUGUUUUGUUUUGUUUUGGUUUUGGUUUGUUUGUGGGGUUUUGGGGUUGUUUUUUUUUUUGGUGGUUUUUUUUUUUUUUUUUUUUAAAGAAAAAUUUUCUGCUUUGGGUGGGGACUGAGGACAGAGGGGAGGGACUUGGUGUGAUAGACAUAUAACAGUCACUUCUUGAAGAAGUGCAGUUGUAAAUAAGCCAUGUAAAAUGCCUUUUUAAAGUUUAAUUUUAUAGCUGGCUCCACAUCAAAGUGAGGGCCUCAUAUGUUAGAUCACCUUGGGUGGCAAACACCCCAGUUCCCACGCAGUUGAGUGUCAUCACCCAAGUCCCUGUCAUCUAGGAAGGAAGUGGAUGCAGGGUGGAACAAAGAACCUCCGGUCACUGUAGCCCCUCUUCUCUGCUCUGCCCCUCCUUUCCUGUCCCCUCCUUUAGCCCCUUCCCCCAAGGACUUCCUCCUGGAGACUCAGCCCCUAAGCUGGAACUGCUGUUAGGGGCACAGUGCUCUCCCCUCUUACAGACCCAGCGGAGCCAGCUGGGAUGUGCAGGGGAGGGGAGGCAAAGGCCCAGGGCACAGGCUUAUCACUCCAGUAUGGAUGGCGGGAGCUAGAGACCAGGAGAUAUGAGGCCAGUGUGAGCUGUGUCACAAGUUCCAGGUCAGCCUGUGCUGUGUAGCACAGUCCAGCUCCCUACACCUCCUCACACACACAGUGGCUGCUGGGUGACCGUUCCCUUUUUUCUUUGGAACUUGGCCACAGUUUCUCUGGGCUGUGCCUGCAUGACCAGCUGGCUUCAGUGAUUUCUCCGUUUCCCUCUUUAGUUUCUAGGAAGCCACUGUGCUGUGCUAAGAAGCAGUUGGUCAGGAGGGCUCAGCCCAGGAGCAGGUGGCCCUGGGGUGCAUGUCAGCCAGGGGCCAGUCAGCCCAGCAGUCUCCCCUGCUCCCUGACAUGAGUUCCUAAAGGGCACUGAAAAGGGCACCUCCUUCCUGUGUCUGCCUCCACUGCACCCCCAGUCCCUAAAGCAGGGAUCGUGUGUGGUGAGGAACGCUCUCUUCUGGCCUCAAGCUCUUUGCCUCUUUGCCUUCAGCACCCUUGAUGUUCAUGGUUUACAUGGGUGGGGGUGGGAUGUAGAUAUGUGGGGGUGGGGUUUUGCAUCACACAGUUGGUUCUGAGGACAGAUGAUCCCCACAGACUGUGGGAGUGAUUGGCCAGGCCUUGUUUUUUCUUGUGUUUUGUUCUUUUUGUAGACUAGUGUGGUAACUAGGGAACAGAUGGCACUGCAGAGUGCUUCCCGCUCAUAUGAGAGAGCAGGUGUCUGCCCUUGAGAGCUGGUGAGCCGCGUCAUCUGUUUGCGCUGGGCAAGGAGCUGCACCGCUGCGUUGACCUGCCUUGUCUUACGGUACACACAGCAAUAAAGCCUGGGUUCCGCCCGGUCUCCACCCUCCCUCCGCCUCCCUUGGUUAGUUUCACAGUGCUGGCAAUGAAGCCCGUGGCCCACCACGCUAGGCGAGUGCUCUGCCACUGAGUCACGGCCCAGCCCUCUCUCCCUCAUUCUUCUGUUUCCAUACCAAAGGCCAGGAGUGCUUCACUGUGCUGGAGCCAUGGUGUCCUUUGGAGGGACAACGGUGCACGCGGCAUGUAUCCUGGCUGAAGCGCUGCAAUCUUACACUAGCCACAGGGUACUGUUUUGAGCCAAAGGCUGAUACUUAAUUGAAGAGGGAAAAUGCAGAUUUGGGGACAAAGGUCUUUUUACUGCUCAAGUAGGGUCGCUUCUGUCCUGUUGCAAUCAUGUCCAAGUUUGUUUUUAGUGUGGACUUUUGUGGGCACUGUCUGUCAUUGGCCACCCAGUCACGUACCGAGUGGGCAGUGUCACAGCCAAAGCUACCACUGAGCCACAGCGUAGGUCAUUGCUUGAAAAAAAUGACAGUGACAAUGGAGUGUGACCUUGGUGUACUGUGGCAGCCCAGAUGACUGAGUGCUACAGACGAGUGACCCUUAGAUGACCUCCUCAACUGCCUGCCUUGUGUGUGCGCGCAAGGCCCCUCUCUGCACAGGGGUUCUUCGGGGGAGGGGGUAUUUGCAAAACCUUAAUUUUGUUAAAAUGGGGGACUCUGUCAGGGGACUCUGUCAUCGCUUCCCUUCCUCAGAGGACAGCACAGAGCCGCGGCGUACACACUGACGUACCCACCACCAACAGAUUGAGGCACUGACGCAGCCAGCUUAGCCCAGCAUUACUGUCUCUGUUGUGAGCUUGCUCUUUGUUUUAAAAGGUGCCAGGGGUACAUUUUUGCACUGAAACCUAAAGAUGUUUUAAAAACACUUUUCACAGAAAUAGUCCUUGUCAUUACAUUGUUCACUCAUGUGUUUGUACAUUUUUGUAUGUUAAUUUAUGAAUGAUUUUUUCAGUAAAAAAUACAUAUUCAAUAACCAAA